GCGGAGCGCAACAGGCCCCGCCCCUCCCCUGCAGCCCCCGGUUCCUGUAAACCACCGCUGCCCCGCCAGCUGGAGGACGCAGUCGGCCUGGCCGUCGCCCUCAGGACUCCAUCCAGAAGACAGGCGUCUCAAGAGAUGGCUGCGCAAUGUGUCACAAAGGUGGAGCUGAAUAUUUCCUGUAACAAUCUUUUGGAUCUUGAUGCAACAUCAAAGUCGGACCCUCUAUGUGUGCUAUUUUUGAACACAAGUGGUCAACAGUGGUAUGAGGUUGAACGCACUGAAAGGAUUAAAAAUUGCUUGAAUCCCAAAUUUUCCAAGACAUUUAUUAUUGAUUACUACUUUGAAGUGGUUCAGAAAUUGAAAUUCGGAAUUUAUGACAUUGACAACAAGACUGUUGAGCUGAGCGAUGAUGACUUCUUAGGAGAAUGUGAAUGUACCCUCGGACAAAUUGUUUCCAGUAAGAAGCUAACUCGACCACUGGUGCUCAAAAAUGGCAAACCUGCUGGGAAAGGGAACAUUAUGAUUUCAGCAGAAGAAAUAAAGGAUAAUAGAGUUGUCUUGUUUGAAAUGGAAGCCAGAAAACUGGAUAAUAAGGAUCUGUUUGGAAAGUCAGACCCAUAUCUGGAGUUUCAUAAGCAGACAUCUGAUGGAAACUGGCUAAUGGUUCAUCGAACAGAGGUUAUUAAAAACAACUUGAAUCCUGUUUGGAAGCCUUUUAAAAUCUCUCUUAACUCCCUGUGCUAUGGAGAUAUGGACAAAACCAUUAAGGUAGAGUGUUAUGAUUAUGACAGUGAUGGGUCACAUGAUCUCAUUGGAACAUUUCAAACUACCAUGACAAAACUGAAAGAAGCCUCCAGAAACUCACCUAUUGAAUAUGAAUGCAUAAAUGAAAAAAAGAAGCAAAAGAAAAAAAGCUAUAAGAAUUCAGGAGUUAUCAGUGUGAAACACUGUGAGAUUACAGUGGAAUGCACAUUCCUUGACUACAUCAUGGGAGGAUGUCAGCUGAAUUUUACUGUGGGAGUGGAUUUCACUGGCUCCAAUGGUGACCCCAGGUCUCCGGACUCCCUUCAUUACAUCAGCCCCAACGGUGUUAAUGAGUAUCUGACGGCCAUCUGGUCUGUGGGGCAGGUUAUUCAAGAUUAUGAUGCUGAUAAAUUGUUUCCAGCUUUUGGUUUUGGAGCUCAGAUACCUCCUCAGUGGCAGGUAUCUCAUGAAUUUCCAAUGAACUUUAAUCCAUCUAAUCCCUACUGUAAUGGAGUCCAAGGCAUUGUAGAGGCAUACCGGGCCUGUCUCCCUCAGAUAAAGCUCUAUGGACCAACUAACUUUUCUCCAAUCAUAAAUCAUGUGGCCAGGUUUGCAGCUGCAGCCACACAACAGCAGACAGCUUCUCAAUAUUUUGUGCUCUUGAUCAUUACUGAUGGUGUGAUCACAGACCUUGAUGAAACCAGACAAGCUAUCAUUAAUGCUGCCAAGCUGCCCAUGUCCAUCAUCAUUGUUGGAGUUGGAGGAGCUGACUUUGGUGCCAUGGAGUUUCUGGAUGGUGAUGGGGGAAGUCUCCGCUCCCUAAACGGCGAGGUGGCCAUCAGAGAUAUUGUCCAGUUUGUGCCUUUCAGACAGUUCCAGAAUGCUCCAAAAGAAGCACUUGCUCAGUGUGUCUUGGCGGAGAUUCCCCAGCAGGUGGUGGGCUACUUCAACACGUACAAACUCCUUCCUCCCAGGAACCCAGCCACGAAAUAAAAGGAGUUGUUACCACUUCAAUAGAAUUCUUACACUGCCAGGAAACAAUGCCAUCUCUUACAUAAAAUCAUGUAUCUGUCAUUUUUUUGUACAUUUCACCCCCUGCGUUUAUGAUGUAAACCUGGUUCUUUAUGGCUUUUAUCUGUUUAAAGCAUUUUUCUUUAGGAGAACAGUGCCAAGUCCAUCUCUGCCAGUCAAUCCGGUGAUUGAUAGUAAUUUACAGUAAUUGCAAUGAGGUUGUUUGGAUUAGAACCUAAUGUGGAGAAAACUGAUUUUUGUUUGCUUUUUUAUGAUGAAAAUACCAGGUAAAAUGUUUGUCAGAAAGAAUGAAAAAUUCUUGAGAUGAAGUAUUUUGCAGGUUGCUAUAAUCUGUAUGUAGUAAAUGUUUUACAAGCUUAUGUCCACACUAUUGAUUGAGAAAGCUUCUUAAGUUAGUAUUGAAUUUUCUCCUAUAUCUCUAUAUUCAAUCCUUUUCCUUGAAGUAAAGACUACCUUUACUUGGCACCUGAUUGUUUGUGUAGUUUAGAUGCUGCACAGUUACAAAGCAUCUUGCGCUCACAUGGGAUUUGUUGAAAAGGAAAUUACUCAGUUUUUAAAAUAUAUAAUCACCAAGUAAAAAGAAUCUCAUGUAAGUAUGCCCUGCUUAUUUGCCUUUCUAGAUUUUUUAUUUUUUUGUGGAAUACUGUAAACAUGGUCAGAAUUGACCUUUCUUUUCACUGACUGAAUGUGAUAUUCAGGAUUCUGUGGAUGCACAGAUUGUAGGUGCAUAGGUUGUCUCAGAUUCUACCUUAUUAGUUUUAUUUGAAUUGAGGUUUGUUCGCUGAAAUGCUUAGGAUUGUUUUGUUCAGGGAUGCUAUGAGGACCAAACAUAUAAGGUGAAAAUUCAUAAUUCCAUUUUCUCUAAUAAAUAACUUGACUUUUUUGUUCAUCUGUUUUCGUACCGGGGAUCGAACUCAGGACCUGGCGCUUGUGAGGCAGGCGGCAGAACCACUGACCUAAAUCCCUGGCCCGACUUAUUUUUUUUUAAACAGUAGUUUUUAUGCUUUCCCUGCUAAGGUUCCAUAUAUUGAUUUGUACCAAUUUAGAUAUUUUCUCUUUUUCAAAAAAAUAACAUUUUUCUCUGAUUUUUAAACUCAUCCUACUGUUUAUCUAUUAAUCAAAGGCUCUUUUUACAUUUUAGUAAUGUGCUGUUUCCUAUACUAUUAAGUAUAAAACCUGGUGUGACUUAAAAACAACAACAACAAAACUUAGAGUGGACUUAAUAUGCUUCUUUAAUUUUUUAAUUUUAUUUUCUGAGGAUUGAACCCAGAACCUCACUCUUACCACUGAGUUAGAUCCCCAGCCCUUUAAAAAUUUUAUUUUGAUACAGAAUCUCACAAAGUUGCCCAGACAGGGCUUGAACCUGUGGUCUUCAUGCCUCAGGCUCUUGAGUAGCUGGGAUUGCAGCCAUGUGCCACUAUGUCUGGCUUUAAUCUGCUUUUUUAAAAGAGAUUAAUUUCGUUGCCUGGGAUUGUAUGCUAGUGGUAAGAACACUUUCCUGGUAUGCACGAGGCCUUUGUUUCAGUCUCCAACACUAUCCCCCUUCCAAAAACAGUAGGAUUUAUUUUUCUGACUUUACCCUUUAGGAUGUAUUACUUACAUUUUCAAAAUAGGUUUAGGACAUUUGACCAAGGACCUGUGUGUUAAGUACUGUGAAUAUCCAUACCAGUUAGCCGAUUAUUAUUGGUAAUGGCACGUUUUAAGUUAUGUGUUCAUCACAUAUUCUUGAGCGGAUGUGCAUAACACCAUGCCCGCACGCCUCAGUGUUAGUUAAUACCUACAACACAGCCCAUGCCUCUUGUUCUGUGACAUCUGAAAGAAGUAAGGUAUUGGCCACAAAUAGCUUUGGCUUCCCAGAAACAGCUCAUUGCAAAAGUCUGGCUCAGAGGGUACCUACUUGCUGUCCUAGUUGCUUAGCCCAGGCGAGCAGUUGCUUCCUUCCCACUUGGCCAGCUGGCCUCUGGCUCGGUGUUCAACCUGACAGUGCAUACUAACCUAACCAUCUGCCACUCUAGCACCUCUGUUGAAUGGCUCAUUAGUUGACGUCAUUGUAACAUUAUCAGUAGAGAAGAAUAAACUGAUCAUUCUUCCUAGUUUGGGGCUUUCAUUGUCUCAGAUGGCAUAAUUCCAGUUCCCUGUACAUGCCUAGAAGCAGCACAGCUAUGUUGCUGUGGUUCUCAGAAUUGUCUUUUUUAAACGCAGAAUGCCUGAAUAAAUGACUUUUGCUUGUUCUCUGUGUGGUAAAACAGGUGGAAGCGGAGGAGGCAGGUCACACUGGGGCUCCUCAGACUGUCAUACCAUCUCCUCAGCAACACUGGAGUCACCUGGGAACUGCUAGUCAUGAGUGUUCAUUGUGAUCUUUGGACAAAUACAAGUCACCAUGGUCAAUUUGAUUUGAUCUUCAUAAUUUUAUAUUUUGAUUUCACCAGAAUUGUUCCCUUUGAAAAAUGUUUUUUCUUUAUUCAUUCUUGAUCAGGUUCACUAGUACAUGUGUUAUUGGCAAGUACUAUGAAUCCAGCAAAUUAAGGUAUUGGUGCCUUCCUGCAGUUUGAAAGAAAAACAUUUAUAAUUUCAAAAUUACCUUUUGAUGAAAUUCUUAGUUUUAACACUUGCCCUCAUCACAUGCUGCUUUAAUACUGAUUUAUUAAAGUCAUCCACUUCCCUCUUGUGCCACCAUUCAUUCCAGUACCCUUCAAUUUUGAAAUGCAUUUAAAGAACAACCAAAUUGAUUUUCACACGUCAUAUAAUCAGAUAUAUUACAAACGUAUAUUAAGGUGACGGUGUCCUGGGUUUCUCACACAUGAACAUACUGAGAAAAUAGCAUACCCACUAGCCUUGUUACUUCAUCUUGUGGUUAGAGUUGAAAUUGUAAAACCAUUAAAAAUUUAGAGUCUGAUCAGGGAUUUACAAGUGUUCCCUUUGGUUAGUUUUUAGCAGUCUUUCCAUAGUAAAUUCAGGGCCCCCUUGCUGCUUAUGCUACAUUUUGACACCCUUUACCUUUUUCAUUUUGUAUUUUCUAAAAAGCCAUCUUCAUUUAGUUGCUUCUAGUAUCUUUUUUUUUUUUUAAUGGAAGUGACAUACAUGAGGUAAGCCGGAAGUUUGGUGGAAAUUGUGAGAGAUUAUAUUGUGUUUUUAUGUUUGUCAUAAUGAUAGUACAUGUAAAACUUACUCAUAUAUGAAUUGAUGUUAUAUAUAUCUUCCAUGUGAAUUCCCUUGGAUAAAGUUAUUUCUUGAUGUGA